AUAUUAAAAUCACAAAUCACAAUUCACAAUUGUCGGUCAAAUUAAUCCAAGCAACCACAGCAAGGUCACCGCCCUUUUCCAAACAAACCUGAGACUUCAUGUCCAAAUCCAACUAGAACACUGUGUUGUGACUUGUCGUUCCAAACAAACUAACCUUCCUCGUUCCAUCACUGCUCUGUAUCUGUCUGUCUCUGUCAUCGACAAACAAACGAAGCCAGUACUGCUUCUGGGCUCUCAUAAUUAUCGGUUUUUCUCAUUAAUUACUGCUAUGGUGAAUAGCGGUAUCUGUGCUGGGGAUGCAAUGGGGUCAAUAAAUGGAUUGGUAAGUCCACCUGGGAAGCGACCUCUUUUUUCAUUUGGUGUAAUCUCUGAUGUCCAGUAUGCUGAUAUUCCUGAUGGCCAUUCAUUCCUUGGUGUUCCCCGGUAUUAUCGACAUAGCAUCCAUGUAUUGCAAAGGGCAGUACAAAAGUGGAAUAACCACCAGAAUCUUAACUUUGUGAUCAACUUUGGGGAUAUUGUGGAUGGGAAAUGUCCUCCAGGCCAAUCUCUAGAUGCUGUAAAGAAAGUAAAUAAUGAAUUCCAGAAAAUCAAUGGUCCUGUUUAUCACUUGAUUGGCAAUCACUGUCUCUACAAUCUUCCCCGUGACAAAUUACUACCACUCUUGAAGAUUCAAGGUCUGAAUGGCCUUGCCUACUAUGAUUUUUCACCUAGUCCAGAAUACAGAAUCGUCGUGCUGGAUGGCUAUGAUAUCAGUGCAAUUGGAUGGCCACAAGGUCAUUCUAAAACUUUACAAGCAUUAGAAUUUCUCGAAAAGAAGAACCCAAAUUCAGAUAAAAACAGCCCAUCAGGAUUGCUGGGCCUUGAUAGGAGGUUUGUAAUGUUCAAUGGAGCUGUUGGGAGAGAGCAACUUGAAUGGUUAGAUGGCAUCCUUCAGGAUGCAACAAAGCUGAAGCAGAAAGUGAUCGUUUGUUGUCAUCUGCCUUUGGAUCUUUGUGCCUCAUCUCAAGAAGCACUUCUUUGGAACUAUGAUGAAGUAAUGAACGUAAUCCACCUGUACAAUUGUGUCAAGGCUUGCCUUUCUGGACAUGAUCACAAAGGUGGGUAUUCAGUUGAUUCCCAUGGAGUACACCACAGGUCCUUUGAAGCAGCCCUAGAGUGUCCUCCUGACAGAGAUGCAUACGGACACAUUGAUGUUUAUGACGACAGGCUACUGCUUUUUGGCACCGAUAGGAUUCAGAGCACCGAAAUGUGUUUUAAUCCUUAACCUGACUUAACUCAACUUCCUUUGUCAUCUCCAGACUUGUUGGAGGUAUUACCAGAAUAAAUGGAGUAAUAUUUUGGAUGAUGCCAGAGAUGUUUCAUUGCGUGCAGAUAGAAAAUGUGAUCACCAUCGUCCACAUCUUCAUCGUGACGCUUUGUUAUUUUUGGUCCACCCUACAUUUUGUCUUGUCUGCUUGAUCUUCAAAAUUAUGCUAAGCUGUCAUGAUCAUGUUGUCAUUCUUUCUUUAUGCUGCUGUAUUUUAUUUUUAUUUUUUAAUCUUUCUGGAAAUGAAUUGGAAGUCAAUGGUUCUCUUACAGCUAUAAAAAA